CAGCAAAGUCCGCAGCCCCCACCAUCAAGUCCGCAGGGCUGUCCAUUGAUAUUGGAAGAUUCACUCCGCAGACUUAUGGAGUCAUACAUUGAUUUAGUCAAAUCCGCAGGAAACAUGGUAUCUUGUCUUGAAAUAUGUGAUGUGGUGAAAACACAUAAAAGGGCAUUGUCGUCCUGAGUCUUUGACGGAUCCGUGUCCUGUCAACAAGAAAGCGUCUCGUCCACUACAAUGGCCAUCACUGAACUCAUUUUCCCAUCGAUCAAGACUGACCCAGACUCGCUCAGAGAAAUCGAGCAAGACUGGCCGAUAAUCAGCAAGAGAUUGACACACCCUAAUCCUGGCUUGCUGAAUGCCUAUCGCGGCUUUCUCCUCACUGAGAAUGGGGUCGAUGUGAGAAAUGCUCACAGAGAGUUCCUUCUAUUUGAGUGGGUUAAAGCGGAAGAUUUCUAUGCCUUCAUUAAGUCCGACCAAUUUGGCAACUUUGCUGCUUCGAUCAAGCAUCUGGUGAAUGGGCCGCCGAUGCUACAACUCUUUGCAACCAACAUUAGCCCGAGAGAGGCAGCUUCGGCCUCCGUUGUUGAAAUCAUUAGGUUGGGUAUCUCAGAUCCUGAGAACGCUGAGAUAUCCACACAAGUAUGGGAACGGAUCUCUCGCUUUCUUAGUGGGAAGAAGGCUUCCGUCACCUACGGAAGAAGCUCCAAUCUUGAGAACGAGGUUGUUGCCGGCAUCAUAGGAUGGCAUAGUCUAGAGACUCGAUCUCAGGUAAUCCAAGAGGCCGAGUACACCGAAGCGUUGAACUCACUCCAGUCCCUGGGAGACGUCAACCAAAUUACCGUCGACAUUGCUGCAAUGGAACUGCCACCUCUUUAA